UUUUUUUUUUUUUUUUUGUGGUUUGCAGGUUUCCCCCAUCCAUAGUAUUUUUUUUUUUAUAUAAUGGGAAGUAAGAAAGAAGUUAUACCCAUUGAGGAAGACGAAGUAUAUGAAGUAGAAAAACUCAUGGGUCAUCGACGUUCUGCCCACAACAAGAAUCAAGUGGAAUAUUUAAUCAAGUGGAAAGACUAUGGUCAUGAGUCUAAUUCCUGGGAAAAAGAACACAACAUUUUUUCAAAAGGACUUGUUCUAGAGUAUUGGAAUAAACAACCUUUCACGUUAAGCUCUUUUCGAAAUGGGACACAUGAUAAAAAACCUAAUACACAAGGUUCUUUGGUAUCAUGGGCAACCAAUAACAAAGCAACCACAUCGUCAACAGCAACCACAUCGUCAACAACAACCACAUCGUCAACAACAACAGCAAAGACAACGACAGGGAAGACGGUGGGAGGAGGGGGAGGAGGAGGAGGCAAAGGAAAAGGGACACAUGCACAAGUGACGCCCAAGAAACGACCUACGCCAUCUGCGGCCAUGUUGGAUAUGGAGAAACGACGUAAAUUGGAGGAUAUUCAAGCUGCACAAUUGACAGCGGAACCUCCAGUGGGAAUGACAUGGCAAGAUAUUGAGGUGAUUGAAAAUGUUUUUCAUUGUGGAUCUAGUACAUAUUUUGCAGAAGUGAAAUGGACGAGACCUGGGGCUGUCUCUUAUAUUCCAACGAGAAUUGUACGUCGAUUUAAUCCAUUAAAGCUUAUUCUUUUUUAUGAAAAAAAUAUAGACUUUCGUCCAUAAAGAAAAAAAAAAUAAUAAUAAGGGAGAGUGGCAUUUAGCGUGACUGGGGGGAGGUCUAAAACUCAAAAAAACGCGCCCUUAAUUAUGAACGCGAAUUUUUUUUUUUUUUUUUUAUUAUUAUUCUUGUUUUUUUUGUUUUUCUUUUUUUUUUUAUAUAUACACACUAAUAAACGUC